AUGGCUGCGGCGAUGCAGGCGAAAGCCGAAACGCUGGGGAAUCAGAUGAACAAUGGGAACCAUCAAAAUAAUGGCGAAGAGGGCCUUAUGAUGCUUUUCUCUUUUCUGAAGGUUCACCCUCCGACCUUCAGAGGAACCUCAAAUCCCACCGAGGUGGAUAAUUGGAUUCAGGCAAUGGAAUGGGCGCUGCAGGCUCAGCAGGUUUUCAAAGAGCAGUGGGUUGAAUUUGAAACUUAUCAGCUGCAAGACGAGGCUCAGUAUUGGUGGCAGGGAAUACGGCGUAUCUUGCAACCAGACGGUGUUGUAAUCUCUUGGGAAGUGUUCCACACAGAAAUUUACAGAAAGUAUUUUCCAAGCUCAGUUAGAAAUGCCAAAGAACUUGAAUUGCUUCAAUUAAAACUAAGCCAAAUGAUUGUUGCUGACUAUACUAAAAGAUUCAAAGAACCGUGCCAAUUUUCUCGUAUUUGGCAAGGUGCGCCUGAGGAUUUUGCAGAGUGGAAGUGCAUUAAGUACGAGAGGGGGGCAUUCGGAGUGAUAUUCUGA